AGAAAAGAACGCAAACGCAAAAAAAAGAAAAAGAAGAAACCGUUAUUUUGUUUUCUGUUCUUGCUUGACUUCUGUGUUUUCUUGUAUUCUUUAUCACAAAAUCUACCAAAAUAGCAUUUUGGACAAAGUUGAACUCAGAGAGCAGAGAGCUUUUUAAAUUGCAAACUGAAUGAAUUAUCGAGCUACCUGAUAUCUGAUUGAUUUCUGUAACAUUCUUAGAUGAACAUUGUGCUUUCGUUUUGAUAAACUUUCUAUUAAGUGGAUCCCAUAAAUAAUUUUAAGAUGGAAUGUAAUCCACAGAAUUUGCCUGAAGCAGUGAAUCGAAGCCAGACGACUGACCCUCAAAAUGAAGAUUUAAAAGCUGAGGAAGAAAAAUUAAAAGCGAAAUAUCAGUUACCGUCCAACUGGAGAGGAAGCGGGCAUUCGGUUUUCCUGCAAAAAAAAUUGGCGAAAGGUCAAAAAUACUUCGAUUCUGGAGAUUACCAAAUGGCGAAACAAAAUACUUGCAAACCUAAAAUAGAUAAAGCUGCCCCUCAGUCGCUUCUGAAAUUUGGCACCGGAGAGGCAAUUCCUACACCUGAUACAGUUCCUGCGCGUAAAACAUCCAUAAUUCAACCUAAAUUUACUCCUGCAACGUAAUCACAUUCUUAAUUCUUCUAUGUCGUGUUUUUAUUUUUUAAUUUAAGUUAUUUAAGCGUGGAAAUGCGAAGUGAGUCGAGUGAUAUGAUAUCGAAUCGUAAUAAGUAUGUGAUCCAAAUCUUUCCGGUGUAUGUCAUCGCUGAGAAAAUAUUAUUCUUGAAAUGAAUACUAAUAUGUAAAUCUCUCACGACUACGCUUCGCUCGUCAAAAUUGUAAGAUAUAAACUUGAAUAAGUAUGGAGAAUCUUAAGUUAUGUUUGGAAAAUUGGAUCCAUAGAUCCGUACACCGUCGCGAUAUUCAAUGAAAAGUAUUAAAAAAAUUGAUAAAUUGUUUUCUUUUGUUAGGACAAUUGUUUCAUAAUUGAUUCCAGUUUCACUACUUACAAUUCCUGUAUAUUUAGUUAUAACUUUACUCUUAAUCUGUUUUGGAUGAUUAAUUUUGAAAUUUGCAAAAGGAGAGUACAAAAGAGAAAGGUUUUCCACUGGUUGGUAGUUCAAAUUAAACUAAUUUGUAUGUAUUUAUUUUCUCAUUUAACGAUUUACAUUAAUCUUAUGUUGGAUAUUUUAAAAAUGAUUUUAUAUGUUCGAAUGAAUAAUAAAGUAUUACCGUCUUUUUA